CAUAUAUUUUUGUCUAAAAUUAUAAAUAAUUAAAAAUUAAAUGAAUAAUUGAUAUUAAAAAUAUUUCUAUUUUAUUUUAAUUCUAACCUAUAACUUAUAAUUAAUCAUUCCAACUGUCUUCUCUAUUUCUUACUCAAUAAAAAGUACAAAAUGAAUUAACACAAAACAUUAAGGUUAUGAAUUCAAAGUGUUUGUUUACAAUCAGAGGAAGAACUGAAUUAUUUAAUUGAACAAUCACGAAAAGUGAACGAAUAAUAAUACUCAUUGAUGAGUUAUUAUUUUGUUAGAUUUUAUUAUAAAAAUGGAAGAUUCAGUUUUCAAAUGCAGUAUCAAAGAAGUCAAAUCUGACAUUCUCCGGGCAAUAACAGACUGUUCUCAACGUGGAUUAAUGCACACAACAAAAUGGCUUGCAGAAUUGAAUUAUUCCUUAAAAGACAUCAAAGUAGACAUGGAAAAUAUCACCCAAGAAAUGCAUGUCGAAGAAUCACCACCAUCAACAACAGAAAAUGACAUGUACAUUUUAGCUAAAAGUUAUUUCGAUUUAAAAGAAUAUGAUCGUGCUGCUUAUUUUAUCAAAGAUGGUCUGACUCCAAGAUCUAAAUUCCUACAUUUAUAUGCCCGGUAUUUAUCAGGAGAGAAAAAGAAAAUUUACGAGAUGACAGAAGUGCCUCCAGAUCCAUUAAAAAAUGAAGAAUUAGAGAUUCUCAGUGUUGAUUUACGUAAACAGUAUUUACAUGGUAACCUUGAUGGUUUUUGUCUCUAUUUAUACGGAGUGACGUUGAAGAAAUUAUUGCUCACUCGAGAAGCAAUUGAAGUUCUAGUGGAGUCUACUCACAAGUAUCCAAUGCAUUGGGGAACGUGGUUAGAGCUUGCACCUUUAAUUAAUGAUCGUGAACAAUUAGAUAGUCUUGUAUUACCGAAUCAUUGGAUAAAACAAUUCUUCUUGGCUCAUAUGUAUCUGGAGUUACAACUUUUAGAUGAAGGAUUAACUUUAUAUUAUGAUCUCCAGUCGAUGGGAUUUGAGAAUAAUGGUUAUGUCCUUGCUCAAACUGCUAUAGCAGUGCAUUAUAAACGAAGUAAAUAUGAGCCAGGGUUCCAAUUAUCUCUUUUUCAAUCUCUUUUUACUUCAAUGCAGUUUUUAAUUUCAUUUCUCCAAUUUCCAGAUGUCGAAAACGCGAUAGAAACUUUUCAAAAAAUCAUCAAAGAUGAUCCUUACUGUCUAGACAACAUGGAUACUUACUCGAAUUUAUUGUAUGUCAAAGAAAUGAGAGUAGAGUUGGCAAACUUGGCAUACCGAGCGACAAAAAUUGACAAACACAGACUGGAAACAUGCUGUAUAAUUGGUAAUUAUUACAGCUUGAGAUCAGACCAUCAGAAAGCAGUGAUGUACUUCCACCGAGCAUUGAAAAUGAAUCCACAGUAUUUAUCAGCAUGGACUCUGCUGGGUCAUGAGUUUAUGGAAUUAAAGAAUACUAAUGGAGCUAUUCAUUGUUAUCGUCAAGCAAUAGAGGUCAACCGAAGAGAUUACCGUGCAUGGUAUGGCUUAGGACAAACUUAUGAGAUAUUAAAAAUGCCUUUUUAUGCCUUAUAUUAUUACAAACAAGCCCAACGUCUUCGACCGCACGACAGUCGGAUGAUUUUAGCACUAGGAGAAGCGUAUGAGAAACAAGAUCGAAUACAAGAUGCUUUAAAAUGUUAUUAUAAAGCAUGUAAUGUUGGUGAUAUUGAAGGAAUGGCAUUAAUUAAAUUAGCCACAUUAUAUGAGAAUCUUAAUGAAGAUGAACAUGCAGCAGCAGCCUAUACUGAUUUUGUUAUGGAUGAAUUCCGUAAUGCUAAUAGAGCUGAGUUAAGUCAUGCUUAUAAAUUUCUAACUCAGUAUCAUUUAAAACGUGAUCAGUUAGACCAAGCUAAUCACUAUGCUCAGAAAUGCUUGGAGUUUGAUGAAACCAAAGAGGAAGCUAAAGCAUUAUUGAGGACUAUUGCGCAAAAGAGGAUUAAAGUCGAAGACAUGGUGAUUAUCGAAGAGAUGAACGAGACAGAGCCUGUUGACAGUUCAAGACUGGAUUCAACUCCUAGUGGUAACCAAAUGUCUCCAAUAAACCUAUCAUUUACUCCUACACAAUAAAUAUGUAUAAAAUAACACUCGAAAGGUAAAUAAACAAUUUUAUU